UCACCUAUUUCUCUCUUUUCACUUUCUUCUCACAACCAAACACACCCUUGGUACUGCACACAUCACAUAGCAGGCACACAUUUCCCCAAUCAAGUCAAAAACCCUAAUUUCCUCUUCUUUCUCACAUUUUCGGAUAAAAGCAAGAAAUCAUCAACAACAUUCAAAGUUUCCAGAUCCAAAAAAAUUCUCAACAACAUUCAACAUCAAAACAAUUCAUAAACACAUCACCCAUUCAUCACAAAGCAGAUCCGAACUCGAUUCCGAAGAGAGAAGAGUAUUUUGAAGUUUUCCGUCUCGUAAGCUUUAUUUCCUCCGGUUCAACAGAGAUGGUUGUAAGCAAUUGCUAGGUGUCUAAAGAACAAUUUUCUCAAAUUGUACUUCGAGCUUAUAUUGAACUGGGCUUAAUAGUAAUACACCCACAUGACAAGAUGGCCUAAAGCCCAAAAUAGUUCAAACAAAAAAACACUCGUCGCACACAGGUCAGCUUCUCUGGCGGUGACUUAUAGGGUUUACCUUACCCCGUCGUGAAGAACCUCACUCUCUCUUUCAUCUUCGAAAUCUCAACUAAUACAUGGCUGAAGUUAACGCUAACCCCGAACCCCCUCAAAACAUGACCAUCUACAUCAACAACCUCAACGAAAAAAUCAAAAUCGAUGAGUUGAAGAAAUCUUUGCACGCUGUUUUCAGCCAAUUUGGGAAGAUACUUGAGGUUUUGGCUUUCAAGACUCUGAAACAUAAGGGUCAAGCUUGGGUGAUUUUUGAGGAUGUUACUUCUGCUUCUAAUGCUCUUAGGCAAAUGCAAGGUUUCCCCUUCUAUGAUAAGCCCAUGAGAAUACAGUAUGCCAGGACUAAAUCUGAUGUCAUAGCUAAAGCAGAAGGUACUUUUGUUCCUCGGGAAAAACGAAAGAGGCACGAUGACAAAGGCAAAAAAAGGAAGGACCAAAACGAUGCUAAUUUAGCUGGAACUGGCCUAAAUCCUGCUUAUGCUGGUGCUUACGGUGCAACUCCUGCUUUAUCCCAGAUACCUUAUCCAGGCGGUGCGAAGUCCUUGCUACCUGAGGCUCCUGCACCACCAAAUAAUAUUCUCUUUAUUCAGAAUCUUCCUAACGAGACCACUCCCAUGAUGCUUCAAAUGUUGUUUCUUCAAUAUCCUGGAUUCAAGGAAGUUAGAAUGGUUGAAGCAAAGCCAGGAAUUGCCUUUGUGGAAUAUGGAGAUGAGAUGCAAUCCACGAUGGCUAUGCAGGCGCUGCAAGGUUUCAAGAUAGCCCCACAAAACCCUAUGUUGAUAACUUAUGCAAAGAAAUAGACAGUGAUUUCUCCAACUUAUGGUGCAAGAAAGGCAGGAAUCAUAUGUCUUCGCAUAGAGUUGUUAAUCCAUCUAAUGCAAUAGUUUAUCUUCUUAAUUGCUGUUUACCCGUAGCAGCCUUGGUUCUUGUAUGAUUGUAGUUAGUGCACUAACUUUUAACAUUCUUAUAAAAAUCUGUAUUUGGAAAAUUGCUUUCUUUUUUUAUUAUGGUAAAUUACUAUUUGGUUUGAGUUUAUCUAUGACAAAUUUAUUUUACAUUU